GCUCUGUUCACAAAUAGGACACAGCUCUCAAAUUCAGGCAGUCCCAAUCUGACCUUCAAGCUCUUGGAACCCUAAAGGAAAUAAGGGACUGCAGAAAACAAAAACAUCAACAUUUGUUAUUUCUGCUUGCCGCCAGCUCUAACUUUGGUUGCCUUAUUAUCUGGACUACACUUUGUGCAAGCCGUUAUCAAAGACUGGGAAGUGAGUCACUGCUGCGGUCUUUUCUUUUCCCAAUCUUUUAAUAACCGUUUGAGUUGUACUUGCAAGAAAGUGAAGCUUAGCACCUGUGUGAAUCUUUUGCUGUAGAUAUUUUCGGAUGAUCUGAGACUCUGGGGGUUGUAUAUGGAAGUUGUGGGGUGCAAGGCAGAAGAAAACACUUACACAUUCCGAUCAUCAGCCAUGCUUUUCCACGGAAUCUCCGGGGAUCACAUUCAAGGAAUCAUGGAGGAGAUGGAAAGGAGAUCUAAAACUGAGUCUCGUCUGGCCAAAGGCGUUCAAAUGAACGGAAGGGAGACGAGUAUGCCCUCCAUGAGUCCGGAGAAGCCUGCCUUGUGCGCUGGUUGUGGCGGCAAAAUCUCGGACAGAUACUAUUUACUCGCAGUGGACAAGCAGUGGCACCUGAGGUGUCUUAAAUGCUGUGAAUGUAAACUCGCUCUUGAAUCAGAACUCACCUGUUUCGCAAAGGAUGGCAGCAUUUACUGCAAAGAGGAUUACUACAGAAGGUUCUCCGUGCAGAGAUGUGCCCGCUGCCACCUUGGUAUCUCGGCUUCGGAAAUGGUGAUGCGCGCCAGGGACUCGGUCUAUCACUUGAGCUGCUUCACGUGUACAACUUGCAACAAGACCCUAACCACGGGAGACCAUUUUGGUAUGAAAGACAGCCUCGUGUACUGCAGGGUCCACUUCGAAACCCUUCUACAGGGAGAAUACCACCCCCAGUUAAACUACACCGAAUUAGCUGCCAAAAGUGGGGGGUUGGCAUUGCCUUACUUCAACGGCACUGGUACGGUCCAGAAGGGGAGGCCUCGGAAGAGAAAGAAUCCAGCGAUAGGUGUAGACAUUGCCAGUUACAACUCAGGUUGUAAUGAAAAUGAUGCAGAUCACUUGGACCGGGACCAGCAGUCUUACCCUCCCUCUCAGAAGACCAAGCGUAUGCGUACGUCUUUCAAACAUCACCAGCUCCGCACCAUGAAGUCAUACUUUGCUAUCAACCACAACCCUGAUGCUAAAGACCUAAAGCAGCUUGCUCAGAAAACUGGGCUUACCAAAAGAGUUCUCCAGGGAGAACAAAUCUUGGGGCAUUACAGCCACACUUCCCGACGUUUGAAAAUUCCCUAAAGUAUAAAAAGAAGGGGGAAAACUUUGAUCGGAAUUCCUCACCAUUGAAGACAAAGACAAUAUUAGGAUACGAUAAUUGCAUAUUUAAAAUCUUUGAGCCAAAAAUGUAAAACAGACUUUAAAACCAUUUCCUGAAUGUUUGAACCUACGGAGGACAACCACUGUAUUUGAGCUGUUAUCAUAUAACUGUAAAAACAAGACAUCACAUUUUUCUUUGUAUUGGAAUGAAAUUCACAUCAUUGGAAACAUUGUAUAAAUAUAUAUAUAUUUAACAGAGCAACCUGUUUUUUUCCAGCUGGGGUAACUGCCUGAUUCAAAAGCAAAUAUUCAAUAAUAAAAAAGAAAACAAAAACAAAAUAAUAUUCUGACAUGAAUACUUGUAUAAAGCCAGACACAUCUAUUCCAUCAGCUUGCUGAAAGUAUUUGUCAUAAAUGUCAUUUUUGUAAAACAUGCCUCCUUGAAAUUUAGUGGCAGAAUGUCCUUCACACAUGAGCUGAACAAGAAGACUGCAGAGAUUGUGCUUUGGCAUCCGGCUGUAGUAAAAAAAAAAGUUAAAUAGAUAAAGAAGACUCACAUUUUGCAUGCACUUUUACAUCUUGUUAACAUUUCCUAAGAUGUGUACAUUUCUGUUUGAUGCACUCUUUUUUGAUGUCAACUGUAAAAUAAACCUUAAAUUGAAAUUGC